UUUCCAUUGGCGACGAGGCAGUGACGCUGUUAGACGGGGACGAGGUGGCCGUGGUGCCACCACUCAGCGGAGGAUAAAACACAAGAGAUGAGAUGUCGGAGGAGCGGAGAGACAUCUUCAAGCUGAGCUGUGAUUGGCUGUCUGUACAGGAAGUGGUCGAUGCCGUCAGCAGCGCUUCUUGUGGAGCUAUUUCAGUAUUUAUAGGUACAACCCGAGAGGAUGAGGUGGAGGGAAGGAAAGUGAUUGGUCUGGAGUACGAGGCGUAUGAGCCCAUGGCCCAAUUGCAGUUCACCAGACUGUGUGCCGAUAUCAGAGAGCGCUGGCCAAGCGUGACUCACAUCUGCGUGCACCAUCGGCUGGGGUGGGUGAAGGUGGGUGGGGCAAGUGUUGCCAUGGCGAUCUCAUCUCCUCAUCGCCAUGACAGCCAGCAGGCAAUCCAGCACUGCAUCACCCAGUUGAAGGCCAACGUCCCCAUCUGGAAGAAGGAGGUCUAUGACACACAAGAGGCAAGCUGGAAGGAGAACUCUGAGUGUUCCUGGUCCAGCCACGCUAAACUUAAAUGAGAAAAUAUGAACGCUGAAUAAAUGUAGACCAAACAUGGUGGUGUGCCUGGAUCAGUCUGUACGACAGUGAUUAGUUGUUGGGAUGUUUGAGCCCCAAUUUAAACGCAGAGAUGGGGAUGAUGCACCUCGUUCUACACAGUUUAUUGUGCUUGUAAAAUAAACAUACACCCAAAUAAUAA